GAGGCUGCUCUCAAUCCAACCUGGUAGAAGAAGGUUCACCCGGGUCAUCGUCCGUGCGAGAGGUAUGCUGCUUCUCCUGGGUCUUUUCAACACCGCCUUCUCGCAUUCGCCUCCGGCCCGGAUGGGUAGCCUCUACACGGGCGAGGCUCGGGCCAUUGCAACGAUGCAAAUCGGGGGCUGUGGGGUAGGGCUCCACAUCUCCAGCCGACGAGCAGCAAUCGCUGGCGGCGCGGCACUGCUGCUGCCCACGACCCGCCUCCCGUCUGCUGCAGCUCUCCCUCCCUUCGCUGGUCGGACCGUCGUCAUCACCGGCGCCAACAGUGGGCUCGGGCUGGCCUCGGCAACGCAGAUGGCGGCUGCUGGCGCGACAGUCAUCCUGGCGGUGCGGGACGCUUCCAAAGGCGCCGAGGCGAAGGAGAGGAUCCGUGCGGUCACGCAAAACGGAGCCCUCGAGGUGAGUGAGUUGGACCUCGGCGAUCUGAGCUCCGUCAAGUCGUUUGCCAAGAGGUGGGGAGAUCGGCCGUGCGAUGUGCUCAUGCUCAAUGCCGGCGUGAUGGCCAUUCCGCAGCGGGCCACCACUGAGGACGGCUUCGAGCGGCAUCUCGGGGUGAACCACUUGGGCCACUUCGCCCUGACGGCGCGGCUCUGGCCGGCCCUCAAGAAGGCGGCCGCGGGCGGUGGUGCGGCCAGGGUCGUCGUCGUCUCGAGCGACGGUCACAAGAAGGGCACGAUCCGCUUCGACGACAUCAACCUGGAGAAGCCCGGCGCGUACAAGGACUGCAGCACGCCCUUCUGCUCGGCGUACACGCAGUCCAAGCUGGCCAACGUACUCUUUGCCAAGGAGCUUGAGCGGCGCAUCCCGCCGGGGAUCGAGGUCGCCGUCUCGAGCGUCUCCCCCGGGCUCGUCAACACCGCCCUCUUCCGCUACUCACUGCCGGACCUCAAGGCGGACGUGGGCAGCGGCGCGCUCGUGGGUGAUCCCGACGGGAGCAAGCUACGCGACUUGCAAAAGAUCCAGGCGUACUUCAUGACGCCCGCCGACACGGCAGCGCAGACGCAACUCGCCCUCGCCUCCGACCCGAAGCUCGACCGCGCGGCGGUCAGCGGCGGCUACUACGUCGACGGCAAGAAGACGCCGCCCUCAAAGGAAGCGGACGACGCGGCGGUCGCGUCGAAGAUGUGGGAGUUGUCGGAGCGGAUGACAGGGAUUGCUUUCGUGCCCGAGUAGCGCGGCGAGAGUGACGUGACGGAGGUGCGUCUAGGGGUUUGAGAUGCCACCGUCCCGGCGGACCCGAAUGCGCGGGACCGAAUCGACUCGCUCGAGAUUUUCGGUCCGAGCGGAGCCCUCCCACGCAGCCUUUUGUUCGCCUCCGCCCGACGUCGCCCUCACUUCAUUUAAAUAAGAAAGAAGAAA